AUGCUCACUUCUUGGGGGAAGGUAGGCCUACUACUAGGAAUUACAGCCGGGCACCUGGCUGUCGCAAAAGAUGUCAUUACUAGUGAUGCGUCCUUUUAUGGGGAGUCUCCCGCAGUCUAUCCUUCUCCGGAGGGAACUGGCGCUGGAGAUUGGACUUCCGCAUAUCAGAAAGCUAAAGCUUUUGUUGCCAAGCUAUCUGAUGACGAGAAAGUCAAUCUUACUGCAGGUGUCUCCUCUGACAAUGGAUGCUCGGGAAAUAUCCAAAGUAUCCCUCGUUUAGGAUUCCCGGGUAUUUGUGUGAGCGACGCGGGAAAUGGCUUGAGAGGGACCGACUUCGUCAACGGCUGGUCGUCUGGAGUCCACGUGGGAGCAAGUUGGAACCGUGAUCUUGCCAAUGAUCGAGGUACAUACAUGGGCAAGGAAUUCCGCACCAAGGGCGUGAAUAUGAUUUUAGGGCCUGUCGUUGGCCCGCUCGGCCGUGUUGCACUUGGUGGUCGUAACUGGGAAGGGUUUGCUGCCGAUCCUUACCUGAGCGGCAUCCUGGUCUCUGAAUCUGUCAAGGGUCUCCAGUCACAGAAUGUUGCUACAUCUCUCAAGCAUUUCAUCGGAAACGAACAAGAGACUGACCGCAAUCCACUCACCGAUUCUAACGGAAACUAUGUUGAGUCCGUCUCUUCCAACAUCGACGACAAGACAAUCCACGAACUCUAUCUGUGGCCCUUUCAGGAUGCAGUCCUCGCUGGCGCCGCGUGUGUCAUGUGUUCUUACAACCGAUUGAACAAUUCAUAUGGAUGCCAGAAUAGCAAAACCCUCAACGGUUUGUUGAAAACAGAACUCGGUUUCCAAGGUUAUGUGGUCACUGACUGGUACGCUCAGCAUGGUGGAAUCGCUUCCGCCAAUGCAGGUUUAGACGUGGUCAUGCCGAGUUCAAGCGUUUGGAACAGCAAUCUGACCACUGCAAUUUCAAAUGGAACCAUGGAGGCAUCUCGCUUGGACGAUAUGAUUACAAGACUGAUGGCCACCUGGUAUUAUCUUGAUCAAGAUUCUGUGUUCAAACACCCCGGUGUCGGCAUGCCAUCCAGCAUAAGUGCAGACCACCAGGCUGUAGUUGCUACCUCCAAGGCAGCACAAUCAGUUCUUUUGCAGUCGGCCAUUGAGGGGCACGUUCUGGCAAAGAAUCAAAACAACGCACUUCCUCUCAAAUCCCCGAAGCUCAUAUCAGUUUUCGGGUAUGACGCCUAUAGUCCGAUGUCUUACACACUUGCAGGCUCCUUAAGCUUUUCUACUGCAGAGCGAUCAAUCCUAUAUCAGAAUGGAACUCUGUAUACUGGCGGAGGAUCUGGCUCCAACUCGCCCGCCUACAUUGAUUCCCCAAUAGAGGCCAUUCAGCGUCGAGCCUAUGCAGAUGGCUCUUCUGUUCUUUGGGACUUUACUUCAGAGAAGCCUACUGUCAACUAUGUGUCAGACGUAUGUCUGGUUUUUAUCAAUGCGUACGCCACCGAAGGCGUCGACCGCGAAGCCCUCUCCGAUACCCACAGUGACGCUAUUGUGACAAACGUCGCAGAUAACUGUGCAAACACCAUCGUUGUGGUUCACAGUGCUGGAAUCCGGACCGUCGAGUCUUGGGUAGACCAUGCGAAUGUGACCGGUAUCAUCUUUGCCCAUCUCCCAGGCCAGGACACUGGUCGCGCAUUGGUAGACAUCCUCUAUGGAGAUGCCAACCCUUCAGGCAAGCUACCAUAUACCGUCGCAAAGAAAGAAUCCGACUAUGGCACCCUGCUUCAACCAGCCGAGCCCGAAGGGGAGUAUCAGUAUUUCCCUCAGGCCAACUUUUCUGAAGGAGUAUAUAUCGACUACCGUGCCUUUGAUAAGAAUGGAAUUGAGCCCCAGUACGCCUUUGGUUAUGGUCUUUCAUACACCACAUUUGGCUACUCCAAUCUGAAGGUAUCAAAGACAUCGGCGUCUUCGGCCAAUUAUCCUGCCAAGACAUCAAUCCUUCCUGGCGGAAACCCUCGCCUCUUUGAUACGCUAGUCAAGAUCUCUGCGACCGUGAAGAACACUGGAAGUGUCGAUGGAAAGGAAGUCGCGCAGCUCUAUGUAGGUAUUCCUAACGGCCCAGCACGGCAACUUCGUGGCUUUGAGAAGGUCUUGAUCAAGCCUGGCAAAUCGACAACGGUGACUUUCAAUCUGACUCGGCGGGAUUUGAGUACAUGGGAUACUGAUGCACAGCAAUGGCUGCUUCAGCGUGGAACAUACCAGAUCUAUGUGGGACGCAAUAGCAGGGACCUUCCGCUUACCGGGACUUUGACUAUUUAG